UAGUACAUGUCGUUGUAGUGAGUUCAGUAGCGAUUGUAUUGUUCUUCUGUGAUUUGAGCGAGGUACCUGCGAGGGCUAGAGGUAUAUAAGCGAGGUAUCGCGCAGUUGUAAAAUAAGCGUUUGUAAUUCCAACAAGCUAGAGAUCUGAUCUCGAUGUGACUAAAUUCACGGUUUGAUCUCGUGUUCGAUUUCGGAGACCACUUGGUGACCUUUUACCUUAAGUCUUCAGUUGCUUUUUAUUUAAUUGGCGCUCGCAUCCGGAUUCGGGACUGCAUUGCAAACGUGGUAUCCUCAGCUUCUCGUUCCUUUAUUGACCUUUCGGUCCCUCUGUCCUUCAUUCCCAGCUAAAGCCUGGGGACGGAUUACUAUCGCUUCUGCUACCAUCUAGCGUACAGGAUCGAUAGAACGUAGUCAAGUUGGAUAUUUGGAUAACGAGUUUUUCCGUGGAUUUCGUCCGUUGAAUACCGAAAAACUUACCACAACGACACAGAGACAAUUUCGCCCGGCGCAUUUUAGCUACUAACGUAUCCUCUGGUCCCAGCACUGAACAUUGGCAUUGCGCCAAAAUUGGCAUUUAUCUCUCUUCAGGGCAAAUUAAUAAUGGAAAUUGCCUGGUCGGUCUUCGAACCAUUGGCUCAAAAUUUGGAACAUCUACAUCUUAACCAAUGGGCUAUCCGGUCAAUGGAGCGGAGCGGCAUACACUUUACAUUAUCAUUAGUUUCUCUAAGAAUGUCCCAGUUUGGUCUACCAACAAUUCCAAAGAGCGUCCUAAGCACGCUAACCCCGCGAGAUCCCAUCGCGCCAAGUUUGGCGCAGCAACCCACGAAUCGGGACUGGAAUUUCUGGACGCCUAAAUUCUGUCCGUCAAGCAGCAACUGCUCCUGCUGCGAAAUGAAAGAUUUUUUGGAAUGGGCCGGAAAAAUUAACAAACCUACCAGCCAGCGUCCGGUCAGCGUACUGUUCAUGUGUGGUGGCGCUAACGGAGUAAAUUAUAAUCAGACCUCCCAAUUUCCGCUCGAUCUUCAUGCUCAGUGCGCGGAACCAGUGAAGAUAUCCAAGCCCGUUGUGUGUUAUAAACCGCCUCCGAUCAAAGUGGAAUGCACCGGCAACUUACAUGUGACAACCAGCGAACCGAAUCUACGCCGAACCGAUGCGGCAUCCCUUAGUGUAUCGGCUGACAGUAGUUUCCGUUGUCGGACGUUUUUGUAUAAUAUCCAUUCUAAGAUUCUACAAAUGGCCGAAGAAGGCAAAGAAGUCAAUCAAACCGCACCGCGGACAGUCACCGCAACGUGCAAUAACGGGAUGAUUAGCGCUGAUAUGUUUGAUGCUUAUGCGGCUGAUGUUACGAAACUGACAUUCGAUAGCGAUGCAAGCACAAACUGCCGAGACAAAUUCGACUUGUUUCUAAAUUUCGUCUACGCACAGAAAGAUCCACAGACUCUUUACGAGGACGUGGUACCAACCAUCAUUCCUGUUGAUCGCUGGAUUAACGAGUUUCAGAUUUGCUCGGAUACACCUCCAUUAACGCUCUCCUGCAAUGGUGCCAUCGGCUGCAUUCCCGAGAAUUAACAUUUCGUCGCAUAACUCCACAAAGCUGCUGUUUAAGACAACCAGGUUUUCCACUGCAGGAAAGCACUGAAGAACAUUCAUAAAUAUCUGCUCGAACAAAAUAAUACGAAAGUGGAAGAUGCCGUGGAGCAAAACCAUACAGACCCCCUGAUUGUGGUGUGUCAGAAAGGUCAAACCGUGAUAUCGCACGGAACACAGGAACAAUCCACAUUUGCCAAUAUCGAAUACUACGGUACUCCGCACCGGAUCAGCUGUGCCGCAAUGCUUUUGGUAAAUUUGUUAACCGUUUAACAGGACUGUUAAAUGUCCGCUCAGAGCCUGAAUAAAACAGUCAUCUUCGAGGAUCAGCAUUUUCGAUUGACAAUUUGAAACGGAACGCUCUUAUACUUUGUACAUCU